AAUAUGGUCUGUGAUGACAGAUGGCAUAGUUAGGGUGACGCACCUGUUAUUCUAACCGUUUGAUGCGGUUAUCAGAACUGAUCCUGUAGAGAGAAGCAGUGAACAAUCUGUUUACAAAUUCCUGGUAGUAACUAACUUCUAUGCUUAUGACACACCAUCUCAAAUAUAGAUUUGACGACAGUUUGAUUUAAAAAUAUCACCGAGAUCUUGGUGAUCAGGAGCUAAGGGUUUAGGGUUUUGGAGGGUCUAUCAGUAACAGCAGCUAUUACUUAACAAUCAUGGUGGUAGUCAAAUUAUAAUACCAUAAACAGAGAUUGAAUUCUCCGCUUGGGACCUGAGAUUUUUCCAUUUUUUACCGGAAAGCUAGUGGAGGGUUUUGGGAUUUAGGAUUUUGAUGGUGUAUCAGCAACGGCAUGUGUUUUUGAUAGUGUAUAAGGUCAUAGUACCUAAUAGAAAUUUUCAGAUCUCUUGGAGUUUGAAUGUGCAUUCUGCAGCAGGUACUUAAGCUUCUGGGUGUGACUUUUUCGGACAGGAUUUGAGGCUGAUUAGGGUUUAGGUAUUGGAUGCAAUAUAUUAUCAAGGUUUGCCAAAUUGGAUAUGGGGAUUUUGAAAAGCCCAAUGCCUGUUUGUCCUGCUGGCAAGAAGUGCCUGAGAUGGGCACAAGUGUACUUGAAGGACUGUGUGUGCAGUUCACGAGAUGUGAUUUCUUUUUCACUUGGUUUGAUCAGUGUUCUAAGCUGGGGAAUUGCAGAGGUGCCUCAGAUUAUCACAAAUUACAAGGAGAAAUCUACAGAGGGUAUGUCCCUUACGUUUCUAAUGACAUGGGUUAUAGGAGACUUACUCAACCUCUUUGGGUGUUGGCUUGAACCAGCAACUCUGCCUACACAGUUCUACAUGGCCAUGUUAUACACUGUCACUACUAUGGCACUACUUUCACAGGCUUUGUAUUACGGCUACAUGCAUAAGAGGGUGGAAGCAAAGAUCAAGAGAUUCCUUUUGUGGGUUGAAACCAAAAGAGAGGCAUUUCACUUGAAGGAAGAACCAAAAGAGGAUGCAUCUAAGCUCAAUAUGGAUGAAAAAACAACUGAUUUAUCUGUGGCGAAACCUGCAUCAACUUCACCAAUACCUGUUGCAUCCUCACAAUUAGCUGGACAUAUAUAUACUGGAAGAGACUUAUAUUAUAUGUCAGCAAGAUCUUUAGCAAGAAGUCAUACGCCUACAGCAGGUUCAUUUAUUGCACAAAUCCGUGGGUCUUGGCCAAGGACAAGUAUAGGUUUGAUCGUGGAUGAAGAAAGUCCAGUUGACAACGACACAUUGACCAGUCUUCUACCUGCCAACUCCUCUGUUCCCCCUAAAUCAAAGUCACUGUUUUGUGCAGCAGGGGCAACAUUCUUUCUUGGUGCUCUGAACUUGCAUUUACCUUGGUUUAAAAAAUCAACUGCUCUUUCUGGUGAUAUGAAGGUGUUUGUUUUACGUCAUGGGCGAAAAUUGUUGGAGGAAGCAAAUGGCUUUAACCAGAGUCCAAUGCAACAAGGUGAAUGGUCUAGUAUGAUUGGAACUUAUAUGGGAUGGAUGAUGGCUGCUAUUUAUAUGGGUGGACGGCUUCCACAAAUUUUUUUAAAUAUAAAGCGGGGUACAGCUGAGGGCCUAAAUCCACUCAUGUUCAUGUUUGCUAUCAUAGGAAAUGCAACAUACGUAGGAAGUAUUCUCAUAAGAAGUACCGAAUGGGCUAAGUUAAAGCCAAACAUGCCAUGGCUUGUGGAUGCUGGGGUUUGUGUUCUAUUAGAUUGCUUUAUUAUUGCCCAAUUCAUCUAUUUUCGUUCUCAAAAACCAACUGACCAGGAAGAUGGUGAUGAACCUUAUGAAGCAUGUGAUUAAAGUUUCUCAAAGCAACUGACAUAUUUGGGUCUCUUCUGGCUGGUUGGAUUUGUGGAUCGACCUGGAUUAAUUUUAACUUCAAUCAAUAAGAGUGAGAAGGUGGAUUUUUCACCAAAUGGAAGAUUUCAUCUUUGAGGCAACUGUAAAAUAUAUAUUCCGGAAGUUAGACUUGUUAGUUUGAUGGUGGUGAGAGAGCAAUAGGAUUGUAUUUCUUAACGCUCAGGUUUUAUGUAAUAAAUGGUAUGCAAAUCUCUACAGAACAAAGCAAUGCUAUUUUGGUAAAUUAGUAUUUGUAAUCCAACAUGCUAAUCAGAUUUUAUUAAUGUUAAUUGCUUAUGGACAAUAUUUUGG